UGCACAUGCGCAUUGAGUCUUAAACUUACAGUUACAGCUACGACUUUGGCAGUAUUUAGCUUGAUAACGUGCUACUUAGCUAGUUACCUUUAAAUUUACACAUAUUGGGUCCGUUGAAAUGCAGCUUUAAUCGUCACAACCUGUAAUUUAACACUCUCAUAAAGUAUACCCAGGGAGGCUGAUAUUCAUCCCUCAAGUUCCCAGGGAUCCUUCAGCCUGCCCUGAUGAAGGCCGCGCAAGACGGAGACCUCCUCGAAGACGACUCCCAUCAGGAGAAUGGAGUCCAGACUAAUCAGUACAGCUCCAUCUCUCCUCCGGCCUCACCAGUGGCCCAGGAUGAACCCUUCUCCACAUAUUUUGAAGACAAGGUGGCCAUUCCCGAGAAUGUCAGCCAGGUGUUCAGUUUCCGUAAACUCUGGGCCUUCACCGGACCGGGGUUUCUGAUGAGCAUUGCUUACUUGGAUCCAGGGAACAUUGAGUCCGACCUGCAGUCUGGAGCUAAAGCUGGCUUUAAGCUCCUAUGGGUGCUCCUUGGAGCCACUAUCAUUGGGCUGUUGUUGCAGAGGUUAGCUGCACGCCUCGGGGUCGUCACUGGGAUGCACUUGGCUGAAGUCUGCAACCGCCAAUAUCCCACAGUUCCUCGGCUCAUCCUGUGGCUGAUGGUGGAGCUGGCAAUUAUUGGCUCAGACAUGCAGGAGGUCAUUGGCUGUGCCAUAGCUUUCAAUCUUCUCUCUGUGGGCAGGAUUCCACUGUGGGCAGGAGUCCUCAUCACCAUCACAGACACAUUUGUGUUCCUCUUUCUAGACAAAUAUGGCCUGAGAAAACUUGAAGCUUUCUUUGGCUUCCUCAUCACAGUAAUGGCUCUGAGCUUUGGUUACGAGUAUGUGCUGGUAAGUCCAGACCAAGGGGAGCUGCUGAAGGGGAUGUUUGUGCCGUACUGUGCCGGGUGUGGGCCUGUGCAGUUGGAGCAGGCGGUGGGAAUUGUAGGCGCCGUCAUCAUGCCCCACAACAUCUACCUGCACUCAGCGCUGGUCAAGUCUCGGGACAUUGAUCGCAAAAAUAAGAAAGAAGUAAAGGAAGCAAACAAGUACUACUUCAUUGAGUCAUCUGUCGCUCUCUUCGUCUCCUUCCUCAUCAACGUCUUUGUUGUAGCAGUCUUUGCUCAGGCGUUCUACGGGAAAACCAAUAUUGAAAUGAAUAAGGAGUGCAAUGAAACCGGCAGCCCUCACUCAGAUCUCUUCCCUCUCAACAACGGCACACUGGAGGUGGAUAUCUACAAAGGGGGAGUGGUCCUGGGCUGUGUCUUUGGGCCUGCAGCCCUCUACAUCUGGGCAAUAGGGAUCCUGGCAGCUGGACAGAGUUCCACCAUGACAGGGACUUAUUCUGGGCAGUUUGUCAUGGAGGGUUUCUUGAACCUACGAUGGUCCCGUUUUGCUCGGGUGUUGCUGACCCGCUCCAUCGCCAUCAUACCUACACUGCUGGUAGCCGUUUUUCAGGAUGUUCAGCAUCUGACCGGGAUGAACGACUUCCUCAACGUGCUUCAAAGCAUGCAGCUACCAUUUGCUUUGAUCCCAAUUCUGACAUUCACCAGUCUGACAUCCAUAAUGAAUGACUUUGCAAAUGGAAUGGUGUGGAAGAUUUCCGGAGGUAUUGUCAUCCUGUUGGUUUGUGCAAUCAACAUGUACUUUGUGGUGGUCUACGUGACGGCGCUGAACAGUGUGCUGCUCUAUGUUAUCGCGGCUCUGCUCUCUGUAGCCUAUCUGUGCUUUGUAUGCUACCUGGCAUGGCACUGUUUGGUUGCCUUGGGGGUUUCCUGUCUGGACUUUGGCAGCAGGAUGCAACUGUCACAGCACACAGACGGUUACCUAAUGAGUGACAUGGAUACUGAUAGUCUGUUUGAGAGAUAGGAGGACUCAUUGUGAGCGGCUGUUGAACUGAUGACCCGACAGAAGUGUGGGACAACUGAAGCUCGGCCAAUAUGUGUUUGUCGUCACCUCUCUGUGCCUAACAGGUUUUUAAAGUUUCCUUACAGUACACAGUGUGGUACACCAGCCAAUGUCUAAUCCAAUGAUGGGUGUUUUCCAUUGCAAAGGUCUCAGCAACCUCAGCUAAAUAAUGUUUAUGCAAAUAAUGGUUAAAUAUGUUUAAAGGAUUUAGGUUCUUGUGACGGUAAACUACUUCAGGUUUUUGACACAACAAGAAACUUAAGGUCCAAUGUAUCAUGUUUGCCAACCAGACACAACUGUGAUGAGAUUAUUGCUUUCCAUUUAGAAAUCACACAAUAAUUAACUCACUAUUCCACAUCAUUGAGAUGGCAGUCUUGAGUUCAAAGACACGGUGGGUUGUUUUUAACCGGUGCUGCACCUAAGAUGCUACGGGCCUCCAACAUGGCCACCAGGCUGCAAAAUUCAUCUAGUUUAUUUUCUACCUUCAAUCUUGCACUUCUUUUGGUUUGGUUUAGGUGACAUGACAUAAAUUUUUCCAUUAUCACACACCCCCACAAAGUGAGAACGAGAUAAAUGUCAUAUGUAAAUGUUGUAUGAUUUAUUCAUAAAAUAGAAAAGUCAAACACCAAUGUUGCAGCAUGAUAUUAACAAUUCUUGUAUGCAUUUUGGUGGGGACUGAUCAGCUUCCUUUUAUUUUAUUUUCUAUUCCAAUAAAAUCUCUAGGGAUUUAAAGCAUUCACAUUUGUAAAUAUUAGACAACAUUUUUUUUGCAAAAUAAUAUAUUAAAUAUGACUAUACCACUUGAGAAAUAUACAAUAUAUUUGUGUGUGAUUAGUCACAAUUUUUCUGGUGUUUUAUACGAUAUAAAAGAGAAUGACAGUUUUAUGUCAUUUUAUGGUCAGUUACAGAUCUAUUUUAGAGUCCAGGAAUUUCUGUUCUAGGAGAUGAGGUCUGUACAGUACAUAUUGUUUUGUAUUUCAAAGUCUAGUCAUGAACAAUUGCUUAUUGUAAAUUAUUAAAUUAUUGCCACCAUGUGUAGGAAUUUAAAAUUCUAUCUCAGUGGUCCUUGGUAGUAUUGUAUCUAAAAAAGACACUGGCAGCAGACACUCACAUGUAUACAUUCCCAUUUAAUUAAUUUAUGAAUUUUAGUUAAUACAUUUGCAGUAGAAGUUUCAUAUAAUUGAUCAGUGAAUGCAGUCCUUGGAGUUUGAUCCACUGAGUGAUAAGUGAUAAUUUUAUAUAUUCUAUUAUUUCUAUUGUCAUUUAAGCUUAGGUCAGUUAGUUUUUAGUUUUGUUUAUUUAUGUGUAGUUAAUAUAUUUUUUAUAGAUGCUACUUUGGCUAUUAUGGAGUUUUAGUUGAUGUUUAGUUUGGUUUAAAAUGUUUUAAUUUUGUUACAUCAGCAGCUAGCCUUUCUUAAGCCAAAUUUGCACCGGGUGUAAUGUGUGCAAAAAAGAAUCGAUGAAUGAAAGAAAAUUAUGGCGUAUAAUUUCUGAAAUGAAUAUGGAAGAAAAAGUUAGAAACUGGUAAUCUGGUGCAAAUAAAACGGUAAAUAUAUAACAAGCAAUGUGUUGUAUCACGAGUAACCGCACGGGACAUGUCCAUUGUAUCUCACUGCUCCUGGUAUCCUGGCACAAGAUAGUUUUGGUUAUUGGACUCUGGUUUACCGGGAGAUUCAUGGGAGUUUGUAAUUGUACAAAACAUGAACAAGUUUGACUGUUUCAAAUGUGGGAGAUUAGUGUUAGCUUAGCAACAGAGUGUCUAUACGUGGGACAAAUGCCUUUUCUUUUUUUUUUCAGAAAAUAAAACAAGUAAAAAGAGUACAGAGAAGACACUAGAGAAGGAGACAGAAAACUAUAUGAAACAAUAAUGCCAAACCACAAGAGAAUCUGUCAUGAAAACACACUUCAGAGGUAUCAUUGUGCACUGUACCAAAAAUACCAAAUACCAAAAAAUACUACUUACCAAAUACUAAACUGCACUUGUAUAUUAGAAUUGCUGUACAGACAACCACAGUGCCCCAUGUAUUCACCACUGUGCCUCAUUUCUAGGAUGUCCCGCACACUAUUCAGUCACUAGGAUUACAAGCCAGUACAAGAAUCUCACAAUGUUGUAGGUGGAACAACUGUAGGGUGGGGUAUAGAGAGGCUUAUACUACAUUUUUAAUAUAUUUUCAAAAUUUCUUUUGGCCAAUGUGUUCUGCAUUUGCCGUUAUACUUUCUGAAAGGAAAGACUAAUAUUUUUCUCAGGAAAUGUAUAAGUGUAUUUUCCCCCCACUAAUAGGUUGUAUAAAAUGAUUAACUUGUGUGACUACUUUCAAGUUUGAAAUGACAUGUCAUGCCAAAUAAAAACCAAAUAUUUGUUCAAAAGACCUUUUUAGUAAUUUCACUCCUGGAAAAAACACUUUAAAAUAAAUAAGUGAACCAGCACUUGAUUACAAAAAUAAUGGGCCAUGGCAUAAUUUAAAGCAUUAAAGUUGAUAUUGUAAGCUGUAUACAGUAGUUUUACAUUAUGGAGGACCACUGACACAGCAGAAGGUUAAUACUUAGCGGUUAGCAAAUGACGUUAGGAGGACUCAACAUUCACUCAA